AUGGUGAGCGGUCCCGAGGCGCUACGCAUCGCCAUUCGCGAUGGGAUUCUAGAGAGGAAGCGUCGUGCAGGCUACUGGACCAAGCGGCAAUUCGUAUUGACACCCACGCAUUUAAUGUACUUCGAGUCUUUGGAUGCUAAAGAACCUGCGAACUCCUUUGCGACCAUGGAGAUCAUGGCGGUCCAGAAGAGCUCCAGUGACCCACAACAACGGAUAUUUACGCUCGUACUCUUCAAAAAGAAGAAAGAGUACCGAGCUAGGAGUGCAGAGGAGAGAGAUGCUUGGGUGGAAGUGCUAGAGUCCGUCUCCGGGAUGAAAGGGGCGGGUGCCGCCUCUGUACCAGUGAAGAAGGAGGAAAGCAAGGCAGACAGAGAGAGUGGCAGUAGUGUCCAGGAAGUCAAAGACGUGGAUCUACGAGCUCUCUGUGAACAGAUGAAGAAAUCUUUUUCGUGGCAGAUCCAGAUCAGCAAAUCCUUCUCGUCGAAAGAUGUCGCCGAGUUUGUGAAGAAGACGCUCCCGCAUUUAUCAUCUACUCAGAUCCAGGAGGUUGGCCAGGGAUUUAUCGACUUGAAGCUGAUAAUUCCGUUGAAGUCGCAUGUUUUCGAUGUUGCGGACCCGGGAAGGUUCAAGUUUGUGGAGAUGGCAGUGCCGAAACAGCCCAAGAACCAUUUAAGUAUGGGAGGCCCAUCGAUCGCGAACCUUAUGGGCAACCAACAGUUUAACGCGAGGAAAUAUGCAGAAGAUUUCCUGCGCAAACAUUCGCAGCUGAAAAUUGACUCGCACUGCAAGAAGCUCGUAGCUCAGAAGGAAAACACCAUCGAAGAUCUGAAAGAAGAAAUUAGUGCAAACUACACGUCGUUUAUUCGCGCGGCCGACGAGAUCAAAACGAUGGAGAACAGCGUGUCGCAACUGAAGACGUUGGUGCUGGAGUGUAGACGGACAAUGCACACGUUGAAAGGUGUUGCAUUGGAGCCUCCGCCUGAAAAAGUGGCACAAGUCGAUUUCAAAGCAGUUGACAAGAAAGCAGACGAACGAAAGCAGAGCAUGGCGUUGGACGAGUUUAUAAACGAUCUCGAAGUGCAUCUUUACGAGAGAAACUACGAGCAAUUCACUCAGCUGAUGCUCGAGUACAAGCGAAAAGAGACGCAGGGGAUCGAGUCUUCCACUGAGUCACAACAAGCGAAAAUUGACGAGCUUCGACACUUGCUAGUCGAAAAACUGGUCGACGAGUUCAAUGCGUCAUUGCAGACAUCCGAGCGUAUGCACAAGAAGGAGAACCACCUCGAGUUCUUGAUCCAGUUAGGAGAGACUCAGUUGGCAACGGAGAUGUGCUUGCAGAAUUACUCGGUUCGAAUCGCUCUCCAACUGCGACACGUACCGUCCUAUGGGAACGCUCUCAACUACAUUAUCAAUUUCUCCCGAACUUUUUUCACUUCUCUCCUGGUGUGCUACGAGGACUACGAACACAGCUUUCGAGGACAGAAAAGCUCGCACUUUAUCUCCUUGACUGUAUGGAUAUCUUCCCAACUUGAACAUUUCGCGAGUGAAGUCACGUAUCACAUUUUCCCGAAUGAUCCAAGUGCUUCCACAUCGCGAAGCUCAUCUGCAGCAGGAGAUUUUUCGUCACCAGGUAGCUGUGUGGCCAUCGACGUCUCGGAGUUUAAAAGUGUUGCGAAGUACGUGUCCAGUGCACUUCGAUACGUGUUUUAUGGGUCGCGGCAACUGGAACUGGCAGGAUUACCCACCGCACACUAUUUGGCACCGUAUUUAGCUCGAGGGUUAGUGUCCUUUUUCACGAGCUAUUGCGUUGCAGUCAAGAACACAAUACGAGAAGAGAUUAAACGGGAGCGGUGGGAAAUGACGUCACGGACGAUUCGCGAUCCAGAGAACAAAGUGGAGCGUGAAAUUAUUCUGACGCAGAGUGCGCGAUCCUUUUACACGCUGGUGCAACAAUUUCUUCGCGAUGUACAACGUGUGAUGAAUCCCUCGUGCGCUACAUCGAAUCUUGCGGAGGUUCAUGGCGUUGUGGUGUGGGAAGCCGACGAGCUGCUAGUCCGGCACAGUUUUGAAGAGCUUCAGUAUUUAGAAUCUCCGAAGCUAUCGUCUUCGUUGCGACCGAAACAUGUUAUUGGUAUCCUCACAAACGCCGCGUAUAUUCAAGAUGACUGUGCGGCUCGGUCAACAAAUAUCCUUCAAGAGUAUUUGCCCAAAGCUGCAUUGCAGAAUAGAGAGAACUCGGUUUUAUGGGAUAAACUCGUUACUAUAGGCGUGAAGCGAUGCGCGCAGUCGUUGAUGAAAAUGUCAUUCAGUUGGCAGGAUAUGGAGCUAGCCGACGAGAGUCUCCCAGAGACUCCCACAAUCUCAUUAUUUGCUGGUGUGGUAGCUAAGGAGCUUGCUGACGUCAUGACGAACAAUCAGCUCAACAAAGCUAUGCUAGAAGAUGAGUCGUGGUGGCAAAACUUCAGCGGCAAAGGUGGAGCAGGACGCAAACGAUUGGGAUACGGCGGAAUGAUGGAGAUUUACCAGCAGCUAUAUCCUGGGAGGAAAGACGUCCGUGCACCAGCAGAAUGGACUCAAACCUACGCUAAACGAUGCAUCGCAGCGGCACCUUCCAUACGGUAA